GCCUCCAGCUGUUCUGCCCGGGAUUCCUUCCUCCACCAUAAGAUUCUCAUAGUUACAUAACGUUCUCGUGAUGAUAUUGCGAUGAACACCGGCUAUCCACCACUGACAACAAAUACUCUGAGUUACUGCACGUUCAUACUACCUACCUUCCUGUCACGGCAUGCAUGCACCUGCAUCCCGCUUGCUUGCCAUCGCAUUUGCUCGUUUCGGCGAUUUGCCUGCCCUCGCGCUCGCCCGUUCUCGCAAUCACUCGGCUCGCCCAUCCCCUACCAUCCUCUGGCCCUCACUCACUUGCCCUCAAGCCCGCCCGUUCCCACCAUCUACUCGCCCUUCAAUGCUCUUGCCCGUGCCCAUGUUCAUGCCCUCAUCUGCACACUUGGCUGUGAUCCGCUCGCCGGCUGCGCUUGCACACAGGAUUCGCCCUGCGUGCUCGCCGUCGCCGUGUGUGUUGCAUUGCCGCGCCCCGGAUUGCCGCCGACUCGUCUUUGCGCACCGUCCUCCGCUCGUCCUCGCCCGUCUCUCGGUCAGGCUUGCCCGUUCUUUCCUCACGCGCGCGCGGCCCGACUCAUCGGUCGUCUUUGCAUGCUGGGCAUCCGCCCUGUGCGCUCGCGGUCGCCAUGCGUGAGUCGUCGCCUGCGUGUGCUGGACUACCGUCCCACUCUGUCGCUUGCUCGCCCGCCCUCGCGUCCGUGGCCAUGAAUCCCCCGUCGGCCGUGUUUGCACGCAGGGCAUUCAAGUUAGUCCUGCGUGCUCGCGGUUGACGUCUUCCUUCGCUCAUCCCUACUUUGCUAACGCGCCCGCAGUCCGUUCGUUGGCCCCAUCUGCACGCAGAACACUGUUCUGCUUGUCCGGGUAUGUCUGGUUUGUGUCUGGGUCAUCCGCGCAAACAU